AGGUUAGUCUAACUUCACCCAGUCAGCCAAUGGAAUGUCCGAAUACACCGGGUGCACUUUGAAGGAAACCAUGGGUGUGUUGUCGCGCGCAUGCUCAGUUGGGUUGUGAAGGCGGAAGAGGUGCCUAUUUUUUUCGUUCGAAGCGAAAAUAUUGUUGUCUGCAGCUUGUGCGAUUCUCGGAGGCGGGCCCAUAUUGGGCCCGGGUCUCCCCCGUCAGUUAAUGUUCGUCAGACGUGCGGUGACGAGGGCGUGUGUGUGGGCAUGAAGCGAGAAAGAUGAUACGUGUUUUUCCCUGGAGUGACUGAAAGCAGUGGACAGCAGGAAGUGAACAGUGACCUCGGACUGGUAUGUGUGUUGCACCAGCAAAGGGUAUUUUGCGGUCCAAAAAGACAGAACUUUUCAAACAGCUGCCAUUGAAAGACGACAAGAAAGUAUCAUAACCACCUUUUGGAAGUACCAUUUGCCCAUCAUGGCUGAAAGUUCAAAUGAGACUCCAGUACCAAAAUCUGCGGUGACUACAAGUCUGAGGAUUGCAUUCAUGGAAUUCUUGACAAAUUGUGAUGAGCACAAACUCUUCAGAUUAACACAGUUUUACCGGGACUGGUUAGAACAGGCAAUUGAAGAAGAGGUGAAAUCAAUUGCCUUGCUUUUGAAAGAGCAGCAGCAGAUCAGUAAACAAGAACUUUUGAAAGUGGAGGAGGAAGGGAAUAAGGCCCACAGUUCCAAACUUCUUGUAACCCUUGUGAUGGAGAAAGGCUCCUUACCAAGAAGGGUAAUGUGGGAAUCCAUUCUGAAAACAAAAUAUAGAUUGCCAAAAUUGGAGAAUAUGUUGACAGAUAUACUGAAUAAGGGUACUGACAUUCAGGAAUUGAUUAAAUUAAUCCGGGGUUGUACAGAGAUUCCCAGCCACCUAAAAGGUGUUCAACAGAAACACAAGGAGGAACUGUGCAAACAAACUGAAAAACUGAGAAUGAACAUGAUUGGGGAAAAAGACGGGGUGAAGAAUUUCCAGCUGGAUGAUCGAUAUGCUGACCUUACAGUUAUUUCAGGCAAACGAAAGCGGAAACAUGUAGAACAUGAAGUGCUGUCGAGAGACCAAGAACAUGAAGAGUGGCACGAAAAUCAGGCUGAAAGAAUCCCAACAGAUAAAUUGUUCUGGAGUAGUUUUGCCCAGGGUAAGAGGUCAGUUGCUGUGAGUGGAGAUCCAGGGAUUGGAAAAACAACAAUGGUGCAAAAGAUUGUUCAUGAUUGGGCCACUGAGAAAAUCAACCAAAAUUUCCAAUUUGUGUUCAGUUUUAAAUUUCGUGAGUUGAAUGAUAUUAAUUGUAAAAUCAACCUGAGGGAACUGAUACUGGACCAGUAUCCUUACUUUGCUAACAUCCUGCAAGAAAUCUGGAAACAUCCAGAACUAUUAUUGUUUAUAUUUGAUGGUUUGGAUGAAUACAAAGACGGAAUUGAUUUUGCAGAUAAUCGAAGAAAUACAGAGCCUAAGCACAAGUGUGAUGAUCCCGAGACAUGGUGUCAAGUGUCUGACAUUGUUUAUGCUUUAAUACAACGCAAGUUGCUCCCAGGAUGUUCGGUGCUGCUGACCAGUCGCCCCACCACCUUGUAUUUAUUGGAAAGGGCUGAGAUCGAUCUCUGGGCUGAAAUCCGGGGAUUUGCUCAUGAAGAACGGAAACAAUAUUUCAACAGGUUUUUUGAAAAACAGGCAGUGGCAGCAGCUGUUUUCAAACAUGUGAAAGAGAAUAAAAUCCUAUAUUCUAUGAGCUUCAACCCUUCUUACUGCUGGAUUCUUGGUCAAACUCUAGGCCCCUUCUUCAUAAACAGUGUAAAACUGCAGCAAAUUCCCCAAACCAUCACUGAAUUGUAUUCCUAUCAUAUUUACAACAUCCUGGAAAACCACAGUUCUAUUAUUCAAAAGCCUCGUGAUAUAUUGCUGAAAAUUGGUGAACUGGCCUUUGCCGGAGUUUCUGAGAGGAAAAUUAUGUUUCAAACUGGAGACUUGCUCAUGCACCAGCUGCAACCUUCCCAGUUCGUAUCUGGGUUUCUGAUGGAACUUUUCGAUAGAGAUAAUUCUGUUCAGAAUAUAGUCUAUGAAUUCACGCAUCUCACUGUCCAAGAGUUUAUAGCUGCACUUGCACAAUUCCUAAAUGCAGGCCCUGGGGACAUCAGGAAGCUUUUCGAGGAAGCCCGUAAGGUUGAAGAUGGGCGAUAUGAUUUAUUUCUCAGAUUCCUUGUUGGUCUUUCUUCACAAAGACAUCAGCCACUGGAAAAGUAUUUGGGACCAUUUCCUAUUGAAACAACCCACCAAGUGAAUGAUUGGAUAAAAGUGGAAGUUCAAAAACGGAUUGCAAACACUGUGACCAAAGCCAGUAAAACUAGUCUCCUGAACAUGUUCCACUACCUGUUUGAGUGUCAGAAUAAAGCACUGGUUGAGUCGACAGUGGGAUCGGUGAAAACACUUAAAUUUAAUGGAUUGCAAAUGAACCCAAUUGACUGUGCUGUUCUGUCUAAUGUUAUUGGGUUCUGUGACACCAUGAAUGACAUUGACCUGCAGAAUUGCUCCAUUCAGUGUGAUGGGCUGCGGUGGCUGGAAUCUGGACUGCACAAAUGCAGAGUGUUGAGGUAAUUGUUGAUUUGUCCCCGACUGCAACUUUGGGAGGCAGGGUGUUGGGAGCUGCAGGUGGAAGAAAUGAUCAAA